AUGUUAACGGCACAAAUGAAAGCGGAACUGAAAGCAUAUAAGGUAAACUCUCGUUCGACAUCGCAUUCAUUUUUAUCCGUGCAGUAUUCGUGUGUCGACACAUCCCCAUUAUCAACGUAUAUUAUGCAUCCAUUCUGGAAUUGGAUCACUCAGUUUUACCCUAGGUACCUCGCACCAAAUCUCAUCACCUUUGGAGGAUUUCUUAUGACAGUGGCUCACUUCCUUCUACUCAGCUAUUUCAAUCCGCAUUUCAAAAAUAAUUCAGCAGUGCCCCAAUGGGCUUGGCUUGUUACUGCUGUCCUUGUUUUUGUUGCACAUACCUUAGAUGGAACGGAUGGAAAACAAGCCCGACGCACAAAAUCGUCCUCGCCUUUGGGGGAAUUAUUUGAUCAUGGCUGUGAUUCUUGGGUUUGCUUUUUUCUGCCGGCCUGCUUGUUCUCAUUAUGUGGUGCAAACAGUUCCCCGUUACGGCUAUUCUGGAUUCAAUGGUCGCUCAUCUUCUCAUUUGUUUCUUCGCACUGGGAAAAAUAUAUCACCGGUGUAUUGUAUUUGCCAUGGACAUUCGACGCAGCUCAGUUGGUGAGUCAGUUUUCCUUCUCUAUAUAA